UGAAGGAGGCGCUGUCCCGGAGCUCGCGAUUGAAGAGCAACGAAGUGUUUUGGGGCGGCCGGCAGGGCAGUGCACUGCACCGACUGCUUACAGCGGGGCUGUACUCAGUCAGCUCAUAGCCAUGUGAACUUCAGUCCCCCGGCGAAUCCGAGAGGCAGAGCGAGCGGAGCAGGAGUCCGUGCGAAGUUAGUGCUGGGAGUUGGACAUCGGGCAUCAUUCGGCACUCUCCGGCUCGGCCCCAUGUCAGCAUGAGUUUCCGAGAUCUCGACCGCACAGAAAAGUUUGGGAGACGCGAAGCCUCGAAAUGUUUGAGUCGAAAGUCCGACUGUGAUUGUUGUAGCCAAACGUCCAACUGUUUUUGACUGGCGACUUGAGAGCUGAUCGGAUCGUGGUUGGGGGCUGGGGGCAAGAUAUGUUUUGAAUCCUCACAUUCAACAGAGAUGCAAAAAGCCAGGGUCAAGAAAAUGACCUUAAAUUAUUUGCUUUUAUCGUAUCUAGUUUUUUACCUGUAUUUGCAAGACGUCAGCGGUUCCAAUAUUUGUACAAGUGGACGUGCUACCUCCUGCAAAGAGUGUUUGCUUAUUCAUCCUGACUGUGGCUGGUGUAUUCAAGAGGAAUUUGGCAACAAGAGAAGCUUCUCUUCAAGAUGUGACUUUAGGGAAAAUUUGAUUAAAAGAGGAUGCAAUAUUCACUUUAUAGAAAACCCUGAAAGCAGCAUACAGAUAGAAAGAAACUUACCAUUGAGUAAUAAGGGAUCAGGAUCAUCACAAUCAGAUGUCAUUCAACUCGCGCCUCAAAGGAUUGCACUCACACUAAGACCAGACCACGAGACAACAUUUCGUAUGCAUGUACGGCAGGUGGAGGAUUACCCUGUAGACUUGUACUAUCUUAUGGACCUUUCCCUAUCCAUGAAAGAUGACUUGGACAACAUCCGUGUGUUGGGUACCACACUAUCCCGAGAGAUGGCAAAGCUCACCAGCAACUUUCGUCUGGGCUUUGGAACAUUUGUUGACAAACCAACAUCGCCAUUUUCUUACACAGGACCCAAAUACCAGAACAACCCAUGUGUAGGAUAUAAGCUGUUUCCACAAUGUGUUCCAAGUUUUGGAUUCCGUCACCUGCUGUCACUUACUGACAAGUCUGACAAGUUCAAUGCAGAAGUUCAGAAGCAGAUGGUAUCUCGGAAUCGUGAUGCACCAGAGGGUGGCUUUGAUGCAAUCCUGCAGGCAGCAGUUUGCAAGGAAAAAAUAGGCUGGCGGAAGGAGGCUUCCCACUUGCUAGUGUUUACCACAGAUGAUGUACCACAUAUUGCAUUGGAUGGCAAGCUUGGUGGUCUGGUACAGCCCAAUGAUGGACAGUGCCAUCUUGAUGAAAAUAAUGAGUACAGUUCCUCAACACAAAUGGAUUACCCAUCACUUGCACUCCUAGGAGAAAAGUUGGCAGAGAACAACAUUCAUUUGAUAUUUGCUGUUACUCAGUCCCAUUACAUACUUUACAAGAAUUUUACUGCUUUGAUCCCUGGAACAACUGUAGAAAUUCUUGACAAGGAUUCAAAGAAUAUAAUUCAGCUGAUUGUCAAUGCUUACAGUAGUAUUCGGUCCAAGGUUGAACUGACAGUAGGAGACCAACCAAAAGACAUUGAACUUUCCUUGACAGCUACAUGUCAGGAUGGUGUUUCACGCCCUGGUGUUAGAAAAUGUGGUGAUCUUAAAAUUGGAGACACAGUGUCUUUUGACGUCACUGUAGAAGCUAGGAGCUGCCCAGAAGCCCAGACCAGAAAUAGCUUCACCAUUAAGCCUGUUGGCUUCAAAGAUUCACUGAGUAUAACAUUUGGUUAUAUUUGUAACUGUGACUGUACAAAUGGGAUGCAAGCCAGCAGCUCCAAGUGCAAUGGUAAUGGAACCUAUGAGUGUGGGAUCUGUAAGUGUGAUCCAGGCUUUCUGGGAGCCAAUUGUGAAUGCCAGGAUGGAGAAACCAGUAAUGUAUUCCAGACGUUUUGCCGUGAAGCAGAGGGAAAGCCGAUCUGCAGUGGCAGAGGGGAAUGCAGCUGCAACCAGUGUGUCUGCUAUGAGAGUGAGUUUGGAAGGAUUUAUGGGACUUUCUGUGAGUGUGAUGACUUCUCAUGCGCUAGGCACAAGGGCAUACUAUGUUCAGGGCAUGGAGAAUGUCACUGUGGUGAAUGCAAGUGUCAUGCCAGCUGGAUUGGAGACAAUUGCAAUUGUUCAACAAAAAUGGACUCAUGCCUUUCAGAUGAUGGGCAGAUUUGCAGCGGUAGAGGAAACUGUGCAUGUGGCCGAUGUUCGUGCACUGAACCUGGAGCAUUUGGGGAUACCUGCGAGAAAUGCCCAACCUGCCCUGAUGCCUGUGGCAUGAAAAGGGAGUGUAUAGAGUGUAGAUUGUUUAAUUCUGGAAGACUGGCCGACAAUCAGACUUGUCAAAAGCUCUGCAAAGAUGAGAUCCUGACUGUGGAUGUCCUCAACACCGAUGAUCAGGAUGCAGUUCUCUGUUUGUACAAAACUGAAAAUGACUGUGUCAUGAGGUUUACUUAUUCAGAACACAUCAGUGGAAAAUCUGUCCUUACUGCUCUAAAGGAACCAGAAUGUGCGAGUGAAACUGACCCCGUAACCGUAUUGAUAGCAGUAGUUGGUAGUAUUCUGACCGUGGGCAUUGCUUUACUUGCCAUUUGGAAACUGAUUGUCACUAUUCAUGAUAGAAGAGAAUUUGCCAGAUUUCAAAAUGAAAGGACCAGAGCCCGAUAUGAGAUGGCAACCAACCCACUGUACAGACAACCCAUAACCACACAUACUGUCGAAAUUCUUUCAACAAUGCAUAACAAGUCUUACAAUGGUAUAGUUGACUGAAAUGGGGAGUAGGAUUGCAGUGGUAACUGUGCCAUCAAUUUGCACCUGACUGGGAUUUUGUUCCUAAAUUUGCUAACUGGAAAUUCUGCCCUUCUUCCUCGGAUAGCCAAGGCUGAAAUUACUGCAUUCUGCACAGAAAAAGACUCUGUACUAGACAUCUGCCUGAUUUGGACAAAAUAUCUUAGAGGAGUGUGCUUUGGACUAUUGACUAUUAUUCUUGGACAAGAAAAUAUUUUAUUGGGUUUAUUGCUUAGAUAUGGGAUGAUGGAAAUACAAAUUGCAAAUUUUUUGGCACAAGUAAACCUUUGAAGAAAACUUGUUUUGGUAUGACAAAAAAUUGUAAAGCUUGGGAUUUUUAAAGCGUUUUUUAUAACAAAGUUGAUUACAUUAAAUCUGUGAUAAAUGUUUUUAGCAUAACAAAAACUACUAAGUAAUUAUUAUGAGCACAAUACCUCUGAAUUGAGCAGAAACAGGCAUUUUAUACCUAUAUCUACUUAACAGAAAUAUAACCAUAUGGUAACAUUAGUUUGAUUGUAGAAAUACUGGGAUAGUCUUCACUGAUUAUACCAGCUGAAAACAGUGCAGUAACUCUCUAAAAUAGCAGGACAAUGCUUCCUGCAUUUUUACUAUUUCCAAUCUGGUUGGUGCCAAGUGCAGACAGAUACAUCAUGAGUCAGGCUGUAGACCACUUUACUAUGCAAGGAUCCAGUGCUUUACCACGAUUGUUAUUUUAGGACAGUAUUUGUAAACGCCACCCAGCAUCAGGUGGCAGUGUAACUUGAGUGGAACUAAAUGUAAAUAAUUUUAAAUUUGACUUUGUGGAGCUGUAAGGAAAAGGAAUGCUCCUCAGUGGUCAGCAUAAAGGGUGCUACCACACAGUUUUCUUCUAUUUAAACUGCCUCCCUGCUCUUUUCAGGGUUAGAUUGAAUUUGCAUUGAAGGCCAGUCAGACUGCCCAACUUUGCUGUGACUCGGAGUCACUAAGCUGCCACAGAGUUUUAAUGUUUUGCUUGCAGCUUUCUGGCCCUGUGCUACUGAAGCCCAUCCCUCAAAAUGGACUGGUCCUCCUUGGGAGGACCCUGCACAGCUGGCAGUCCAAGUCUACCCAUUGUAAUAGUUUACCUCACUGUGCCAUGGCUGUUGUUUCCUGAUUGGCUAUACUAGGCUACUGAUGCAAAAUACCAAUGUUAUGUAAUUUUAUACUAGUUAAAGAGUUUGUAGAAUUUUAUUCAUUGGAGUCCUGAUAAGAUUUGUGAAAGGUUGCUGAUUGUGUCCAUAUUCUGGCAAUAAUGCUAAUUACGUUGUUUGAUUCUUUUACGCAUGAAGAAUAGCAUGGAUAGCACUGUGCUAUUAAAGUGCUCUGGAAGAAAUUUCACAUUGGUGACAUGAACUGCCUUGUACUUUCUGAAAGACUUUUGUAGUCCAGUUAUGCAGCAUCUUGUACUUGUAAAAUCAUUUUAACACAGAAAAUAACACUUUCAAAAAAUAUUUGUUAAUCAACUUGGCAUCAAUUGUCCACUGAGAGAGUCCAAAUUUCUUUUUGAUUACAAUCCUACAGAGGCUUCUUAUGUACUUUCUAUGAACCUUUGCUAUUCAGUGGUUGAUACAAUUCAGUUUUGGUGUCAUAAUGCGAAGCUGGAGGAACACAGCAGGUCAGGAGCAUCAGAGGAGUAGGAAAGUUGACGUUUAAGGUUGGGAUCCUUCUUCUUCUGUGUUCCUCCAGCUCCACACUGUGUUGACUCUAACUCCAGCAUGUGCAGUUCUUGGUAUCUUUGGUGUCAUAAUGCGGUAGGUUAACCACUGAUGUGACAUGAAUCAAUAUGUUUCUUUUUAAAGAAUGUUCUUGGUUACAGAAGUGCUAAUCCUCAUUAACUAAAGAUGCCCAAGAAAUGAAUUGAUGUGUUAAGCUAACAUAUAUCCCCUGAGAAUUGUGGUCAUUGUUAUAUAUAGCCAGUAUUAUGUAUUAUUUAGCAGGGUAUUUAGCUCCCGUUGAUUUUGCAAUACCAGAUCCUCUCUGACUGCCAGUGAUUUACUACACAACUCUUAUGAAAUAAUGGCACAGAAUUCCAACAGGCUAUUUCACUGAAAGCACAAAAUGAAAUUGUAAGUCCUUUCCCCCUACCUAACUUGAAUAAAUGGAGAAUCCACUUGUAAGAUUAUAAUUAGCAUUUUGUGAACAUGAUAAAGUUGGAGGACAAGUUGAUUAAUUUGUAUUUCUAAGUAAGUUUUAUAAAUAGGAGCAUGAUUUUGUUUUUCUGUACUUGUGCCCAUGGGAGACUACCUCAGUCAGCACUGGCAUGUAUAUCUGAUGCUUUAUCUGACAUCUGAAAUUUUGGAAAAUCUAUAUGAUGGAAUUCAAGUGCAAAAAGCUAAUAUUAAAUCUACACAAAUGCUUGGCUAGGCGACAGUUAGAAUGUUGCAUCAACUUUCAAGAUUGAAUUGUCAUCGUUGCCAAAGUACAAUCAAAAUAAUUUUAAAAACUUGAGACAAUACCAGGCAUGAGCCAUUAUUCGGAUUAGAGAUUUGAAAGAUCAAUGUUCAAAUUAUGAAAGAGUUGGUAAGAUACAGGAUAAACAAAUUUUCACUGGUAAUUCAGUAACAAGAAGGGUAUAUCUUUGGAAUUGGCUUGAAAGAACAAAGGACAGGUUGAGAGACGUUUACACAAGGAGUUGUUAGAAUGUAGUUUUAUCGACAAGGUACUAAGUGAAUGAAGAAUACAUUUACAGGAUGUGUAAUCCUGGACUAGACUGCCAAAUUUAUGUUAUGAUCAGGUUUGCAUUCAAAUAACUUUUUAAAGCAGCUAAAGAGUGAGAUCCCAGGUAUGUAGAGAAGAAAGCUGUAAGAUUCCAUGACUUUGGAGACCCCACAAUAAAUGUUACUGGACAAAGAGUCAACAGUAAACAAUCUAUAAUAUAUGCAAUUUAAUUCUAAUUAGAUGUUAAAUUAUAACCUGAGGUGAAUAAGGGUAACAAACACACUGUUAAACAACACACAGCAUAUCAAAUAGCAGAUGUGAUUUCUCAGCAAUCUGCUCCCAGAAAUUAGUGACAGUGAAUUGCCAAUUCUCCUUCAGAUUUUGAGGGGUUUCAUUUCUUCUUGUUAAAGACUUAGCUUCAGAAAUUUGUCAAAAACUUUCUGUCCCAGACUGUUUCAACACUGGCUGAUGUUCUGGUAGUUCACUCUUCCAACUGGAACAGUGAUACUAGAUACUCUACUCUAGUACCUAAUCAUCGACAAAAUUUCAGCCAGUCCAUAGGCAGCUAGCUUUGCCAAGCUGGCACUGCCCUUGUUUCUUCAAGCUCUGAUCUUGCUCAGGUACAAAAGGCAAAUACCCUGGUUGUUAGCUUUCUUCACCUUCACAAUCAGCUACACAGAACUCUUAAUGGUACAUGGCUUAUUCUGGAUCCCAUAGUUUCCAGAAUUACUUCCUGAGCCAAAAACCCAAAAUGUGGUUAUGCUCUGUGGCUCCCCAGACUUAUCUUGAAUCUUGCUGGUUCAGAGCCAACAAUAGCAGCACCAUUUCAGAAUGAAGGUUCUUCUCCCUGCUCCUAAGAAAUUGACUCGCUAGCAGCCUGAAGGCAAAAAGACUGCUUCCUGACUGCCUUGAUCCAAAUGACUAAAUGGACAGUUCAAUGUCUUUUUGAAAACUUUUCAAUAACCCUCACUUUGUUCCUAAUCAGAAUUGAAUGUAACAACUAUUUUAAACAUCAAAUGUUGCCACUCCUUAGAACUCUGUUGUUUGAAUGCUACCAUUUUCACAAAUUGCUGGCUUACAUGGUAUAAAUUGCAUACAAUAAAACAACAAAAAUAGUUUUCAUCAUAAAGAGAAUUGAGUAAAUAUUUGGAGAGUAGUGAACCCAAGACCAUGUGUUUAGACAGCUGCCACUAGUACAAUGGACCAAAUGGCCUCUUUCUGUGCUGUAAUAUUAUGAUUCCAAAUUAGUCUUUUUUCCUACUAUAAUCUUUUCAUUACCACAAUUGUUUCACUGUAAAGUUCUCAACAUUUAUCAUUCAAUACAUUGUUUUCCAGUUAUAAUUUUUUUCUCCUUGAUGCGUUAAAACUUGAGUGUCUGAAAUCUUUAAAAGACUAUAUAACACAGAAGGAGGCCAUCCCUCCUGUUGUAUUUGCGCUGGCUUUUUCAAAGUGUAGCUUUUAACUCAAAAGAGCUGGAAUACAAUGGGGAUAAACAUGAUUGUAAUGAACUGUUCUGGUUAAAUCGGGAAUACUGUGGCUACAUGAUCAGGACAGAGACUGGAAAUUCUGGCUAAUAACUCAACUUCCAAUUUUCCAAUGUCUAUCCACCAUGUGCAAGACAUAACCCGGAGUCUGUUGGAAUGCUCCACACUUACCUGGAUGAGUGCAGCUUCAACAAAAUUCUAGAUGUUUGACGCUUCAAAUUUACUGCAGCCUGCUUGAUCAGAAUGUCAUCCAGCAUCGUAACUGUUCACUCCCUCCACCAAAAUGCAGUGAUUCAAGUUUUGUAUCAUUUACAAGAUGCACUAUUGCAACUUGUCAAAGUUCUUUCAACAGCACCUUCCAAACCUGUGCCACCUAAAAGAACAAAGACAGCAGAUAUAUGGGAGCACCAUGACCUGUAAGUUUCCCUCGAUGCCACACAUAAUGCUGACUUGGAACUAUAUCACAUUUCUUCACUGUUGCUGAUUAAAUUUGUGGGACACUGUCCUUACAGCACUUUGGGUGUACGUGCAAUAAAUGGACUGAAUUGGUUCCAAAUGCAGCUCACCUUCUCAACGACUGUUAGGGACAGGAAAUAAUCAUUGGUCUUACCAGUGACAUUCACUUUCCAUGAACAAGAAAAGAUUAUUAGUGACCUUGACAAGAUCCUUGUAGUGCUAAAUGUUAUCUCAUCAGAGUCAUCUAUUCCCUGGCCAAGCUAUUAGACUGCCAUUAUUACAAUAGUACCUAAUAAUAUGGGAAAUUGCCCAGAUAUUUAAGUGAUUAUACUUGGAUGGUAAAUGGCCAUAGCUUUGGCAAUCCACAAAAUGCUUCAUUCCAGGCAUCAAGAUUUCACUAGCCACUAUAUAGUCUGGUUAACUCUGAUGACCCUAUGGCUGUCUCUAAGUUGUUGUCCUUUCCUGACCUAAGAUGCCCACUAACUAUGAUUAAUGACUACUUAAACCCAAUUGAAAGGCAGCAUCUCCAACAUUAAAACAUCCCUUCUGUACUUGACUAAAUUGCUCGCCUAGCUUUUGAAGUAAGAUUUAAGUUCACAAUUUUCUCACUCAGACAUGAAAAUGCUGCCAUUGAUACAAGGUUGACACCUGUCAAUAUCAUUUGUUGCCACUAACCACAAUCUUAACUGAAUCCACCAGAUAACACUAGGAACACAGAAAUUGGGUUCUCCAUGACGAAAGCUCACUUUCUGUAAUUUUGAAGAAGUCACUAGAACAUUUGAGAUAAUACAUUUAGUUCUGCCGAUUCAUCUUGAGACCCUUCAGUAAUUGUCUGCUGAUAACUCUUUUCCUGUAAAAAGAUAGAUAAAGACCAAUAGUUAUGAAAACAAGGGAUCAGUGUCACUGACUUACAUAAGCAAUUUACGUGAAUCUAUGAAUGCACAUCAUGGUAAUAUAUUUCUAAUUUGAAAGAUUUCUAUGUGACAAUACCAAUGUGUCUGCAAGGCACUAAGUUCAUUCUGCAAAAUAAAAGGCAUAUCUGCAGCUGCAAA